AUGCUGUUCCCCCUUGCGGCCCCACGGGCUUCUCUGCGCUGUGCGCGUGCGUCAGCGUGUGUUUAUAUUUUGAUUCUGCGUGUGCAGCAAUUGCACCUCACCGUCAAACACACCACGCCACACAGCAAACGGACGCAAUCGCUCCACAUUGCUCCUGCUGCUCCGACGAUCGCGCCCUGGAUCCUGAUUGAUCACCCAGCACGCCAGCGAAGGAGCAAGCAAUCACCACACUACCCACCCGUGCCACCCGUGUUGCCACCAGCACCACCAACCGCCACAGCUGCCACAACCAACCGACACACCCGCGUCGCCGUUUCCCCUUGGCGCUCGAGCCUGCACGGCUUUCUAUUUUUCUUCUCCAAAAGGGAGCUUGCAUCGCAUCGUAUCGCAUCCAACCCCCGCCCCCAUCCCUCACCUCCCGUUCCCAAGGCGCGCUCGCCGGAUCACCCGCGAUCAAGCCUCACCCGCGUCCAUUGCCAAGAACCCGCUUGCUCGCUCGCUCAGUCUCAGCACUCAAGCUAUCGAGCCAACCCAGCCGCCCUCUUUCCCUCGCCAGUGCUUCAAAUCACAGCAGCUGUCAUCAUCAACGUAGCCCUCACGGCUCACCCUGUGCCCCUGAACCAUCCCCGCACCCCCGUUGGCGCAGCUGCAGCACCCCCACACGACUGCAUCUCCACCCACCUACCCUUUGACGAGACGAUUGGGUAA